CUCUCUCUCUCUCUCUCUCUCUCACACACACACACACACUAUAAGUAUUUGUCUUGUUGGUACUUCCCCCGAUCCUGUCCGAUUAAAACGUCUCUCCAGAGCAUCAUCACUAUCAUUAACGAGUCCUAUACGCUGGAUGAUACUGGGAAGACCUGAAUGCAACUCACUGCAAUUUCUAGCACAGGCCAUGAUGCCAAACUCUAUGUCUAGCUGUUUCCUAACAUAAGCUUCUUGAUGACUAGCCUCAGUGAGCUGAACAUUGGCAUCCUGUAGGCUCUUUGUCGAUUAUAUUAUUAUACUUCUCGUCUGUGCUAUAUUCUAGCUUUCAUUGAUUAUACUUCUCCUCUGUGCUAUAUGCAACCAAGUGGUACGGUUGAGGACUGCUCCACUCCACAGGAUCACAUAAUGAAGAAUCCAGAAAACCAUAAAAGUAAUUACAGUAAGGAUGUCAUGCCCGGGAGUGAGCUUUGGACAGAUGGACUUAUUUGUGCUUUUGAAUUUGUUCGAGGCCAUAGGAAAUCUAUUAGGACAAAACCUUAUUCAGAAAUCCAGUCUUCUCUUCAAUAUGAUGGUGGGCAUACAAAGAAGCAAGUUCCUACCCCUGGAGUGACUGAGGCUUCUGUUUUUAAAUUAAAAAAUAGGGACGGUGUAUUGGAAUCCUCACCUGUUACAGAACUGGGCAAUCAUCGCAUUACUCCUCCUGAUGAUAUCAUAGAUAGCCACGCCUCUCAAUGUGACCAUUUUCAUACUAUGGAUAGAUUUGAAGGGAGUCAUUGGAUUCCAAUUGGAUGGGCAAGGAUUCAUGAGCUAGUGCAAACAGUGCAAGUUGAUUCUGGGUGGGCCUCACAGCGAUUUGACUUCAUGGAUGAUGAAGAUGACCUUACUGUUGCAGAUGUAGCAGCUCCUUACUGGGAGCGACCAGCUGGGCCUGUGUGGUGGUGUCAUGUGGCUGCAGGUCACCCAUUCAUUGAUGCUUGGCUCAGAAAUGCUCAGUGGCUGCAUCCGGCUGUUAGUGUUGCUCUAAGGGAUGAAAGUUGCUUAAUUAGUGAGCGGAUGAAAUACCUCCUAUAUGAGGUCCCAGUUAGGGUUGCUGGAGGGCUAUUGUUUGAGCUUUUGGGUCAAUCAGCUGGUGAUCCAUUUGUUGACGAAGAUGACAUUCCCAUUGUGCUUCGUUCUUGGCAAGCUCAAAACUUCCUAAUAUCUGUGUUGCACAUUAAAGGAUCUGCAUCAUGUGUCAAUGUGCUGGGCAUCACAGAAAUUCAGGAACUUCUUUCUGGUGGUGGGUAUAAUACACCAAAGACAAUACAUGAAGUCAUAGCACAUCUGGCUAGCCGCCUUGCUCGAUGGGAUGAUAGACUAUUUCGAAAAUCUAUAUUUGGGGCAGCUGAUGCAGUGGAGUUGAAGUUUAUGAACAGGAGAAGCCAAGAAGAUUUGAAUCUCUUGAGUGUUAUUCUGAACCAAGAAAUCAGAAGAUUAUCAAGACAGGUUAUCAGAGUCAAAUGGUCACUCCAUGCGAGGGAGGAGAUUGUUUUUGAACUUCUCCAACAUUUGAAAGGGGAUGCAACUAAAAGCUUGCUACAGGAUAUAAGAAAGAGUACAAGAGAAAUGAUUGAGGAGCAAGAAGCAAAUCGUGAUCGCUUAUUCACCAUUCAAGACGUCAUGCAGAGUAGUGUCCGUGCAUGGUUGCAGGACAAAAGCCUCCGAGUCACCCACAAUUUGGCCGUCUUUGGCGGAUGUGGCAUGGUUCUUUCCAUUAUAGCUGGGCUGUUUGGAGUCAACCUUGAUGGGAUUCCCGGAGCAGAGAACACACCAUAUGCUUUUGGUCUAUUUUCAGCUCUCCUCUUCUUCAUAGGAUUCGUGCUGAUUGGCGUUGGAUUGCUCUACCUUGGGUUGAAAAAGCCCAUCUCUGAAGAGCAGGUCGAAGUUAGGAAGUUGGAGCUGCAAGAGCUAGUCAACUUGUUCCAGCACGAGGCAGAGACUCAUGCCCAGGUUCAUAAACCUGUUUCCCGGAAUAGCUUGCCCCCGACUGCUGGUGAUCGGUUCCCAGAUGAUGCAGAUUAUGUUCUCAUCGCUUGACAUCACAUUUGGUCAAUUUUGCGUCAUAAUUUCUUGAGAGAAAAAAAGUUUUUGAUACUUCAUCUUCCCCUUUUUGGAGAAAAGGAUGACAUUUCUUGGGGGAAUUUGUCGUCAUUGCUUGCGUGGGGCUGAGGCUGGGGGGUGGGUUAGGAUGGGUGAGUUCUUGAGACACCAUAGUCCAUAACUAACAUAGAGCAUGAUGGAAAUCCAUUGUACAUGGAGAGAGAAUGAAGAAUUGUCAAUGGUGAAAUUGUCUAGGUGAUCAUCUAAUUCUUAUUUUUGUCUCUUUGUAUUUUUGUUUAUUCAGUGGGUGGAAAUGUGUAACACAAACUCUUUACAAGAUGAAUCGUUGUGUUACCAUUUCCACAUCUGAGAGUUAUCUUCGAUUGGAUUCUGAUGCUUUAUGUUUCUAAUAACUGCUUGUCCAUAUACUCGACAAUAACACCUCCAUUUUGGCUUCCGG